CUCCUCCUCCCUCCCCCAAACACAGAGCUUCUUCCUCCAGACGCUGUAACAGAUCCUCCAUUAGUGGACUCUGCACACAUGAGCUGGACAUAUACAUAUACACUGGCCUCGAUACCUACUAGAGCACAAUGAACGAGACCCUGGCAGAUGUGUCUAUAAUCCUCCCCAUGUACAAUGCAGAACUUUGGUUGGAUGAAUGUCUACAAUCUGUCUUUGAACAAGAUUUCGGAGGAUGUAUGGAACUUUCAGUCUACAACGAUGCAAGCAAGGACCGUUCUGCGCAAAUAAUAGAGGAAUGGAGGCCCAGACUUGAAGAACGAGGCAUUCAUUUGAUCGUUGGAGGUCAUGAAUCGCACCAGCCACGCGGAGUUGGCUUUGCGAAGAACCAAGCAAUUUCACAGAGCUCUGGAUGUUUCUUGUGUUUUCUAGAUUCCGAUGAUGUGAUGAUGUCACAGAGAGUCAGGAAGCAAUAUGAGGCAGCGAUACAACACCCAACAAGUAUUGUGGGAUGUCAGGUGAAAAGGGAACCAGCGGGGGCUACCGAACGUUACACUCGAUGGAUCAACGGUCUGACACAUGAACAGCUAGUCACACAGGUGUUCACCUCACAUGGACCGACUGUCAUUAUGCCCACUUGGUUUGUUUCCAGGGAGUGGUACUGCCAUGUGGGGCAGUUUGUCGAGGACGGCACGGGAACUCCAGAGGACUUGCUGUUUUUUUACGAACAUCUGCGCAAGGAUGGUGGAGUACAUCGGGUCAACGAAUGUCUUCUUCAGUAUCGCUACCACGAGAAGGCGGCAACUCAUUCCGUGUCUGAAGAGACAAUAUGGAAGCACCGGGUAAAUUUCCUUGAAGAGCGCGUCCUGCGGCACUGGGCAUCAUUCACCAUUUGGAACGCAGGAAAACAGGGCAGAAAACUGUAUCGCAGCCUGGCACCCAGUACCCGGAACAAGGUGAUGGCAUUCUGUGAUGUUGAUAAAAAGAAAAUAUCGAAGGGUUUCUACACAUAUGAAGACUCGGAGGAGAGGCCCAAGCCAAAAAUUCCAGUGAUUCGCUAUCAAGAUGCAAAACCCCCUUUUAUUAUCUGUGUCAAGCUGGACCUGACUGGCGGGGGAUUUGAAGAAAACCUGAAGUCUCUUAAUCUGAAGGAAGGGGUGGAUUUUUAUCAUUUUAACUGAUCAGUAUGGAAAGGAAAUAUGAUGAAACUGCCCCCUAGAGGUGGCAGUGUGCGUUACGAGGGCAGAGGUGUCUGCACGCCAUCCGAUGAGAAUUUUAGUUUGUUCACUAUUGGGCUCAAACAGUAUUAACAGUAGAGUCAAAAUGUUUAAAUCUGAUUAUUCAGAGAGUGUCACUAUGUGGCCACCUGUUUCUUAAACAAUAAAUUAUGAGUUUUUUUUUAAUUAAAACAGACUUGCAUUUAUUUUUA